GGAAGUGGUGGGGAGCCGAAGGCCCGGGGGUGGGUGGGGAAUGGUGGUGGUGCUGCUGCUUGUCGUGGCGGCGGGCUCGGGCUCGGGAUGAGCUGGAAGACGCGGUGGGUCCCUACCCCAGAGCGGUCGCCCCCGGGCGACGGCGACCAGUCGCCGCCCCCUUCGAGCUCACCACCCCGGGCGGUGUCCCCGAAGUCGCCCCCGGCCUCUUUUACUUCCACCGCCCCGGUCUCGGCUCCAGGCGGGGGGCUGUUCUCCUGGGUGCGGGAACGGGGCCUGGGCCAUGGGGGCCGCUGCGUGGAGCCGGCGAGGGACACUUUCCGGGCCAUGACGAGGCUCUAUGGUGCUAUUCAGCCCGCCGAUUCUGUGUCCCCCAUCACCCGCACCCACGGCGCCGUUUUCAACCUGGAGUACUCCCCUGGCGGAUCAGUGCUAACUGUUGCUUGUGAACAGACAGAAGUCCUGCUGUUUGAUCCCAUCUCUUCAAAGCACAUCAAAACCCUUUCCACUGCUCAUGAGGACUGUGUAAAUAACAUAAGGUUUCUUGAUAACAGAUUGUUUGCAACUUGCUCUGAUGAUACUACCGUAGCACUAUGGGAUCUGAGGAAGCUAGAUUCAAAAGUGUGCACUUUACAUGGUCACACCAGCUGGGUGAAGAAUAUUGAAUAUGAUACUAACACAAGAUUGCUAGUAACAUCGGGAUUUGAUGGAAAUGUCAUCAUUUGGGAUACCAACAGGUGCACAGAAGAUGGCUGUCCUCACAAGAAGUUCUUUCACACCCGCUUUCUCAUGCGCAUGAGAUUGACUCCAGACUGCUCCAAAAUGCUGAUCUCCACUUCUUCUGGAUAUCUUCUGAUCUUGCAUGAUCUCGACUUGACCAAAUCUUUAGAAGUUGUCAGUUAUCCCAUUCUGAGAGCCAGGAGAACCACAUCAAAUUCUGAUCUGGCAUCCGUCACUUCACCUGGUCCUAGAAGUGCUGAAUCACCAGGACACCAAGGAGAUUCAGGCCCACGUACUGAGAAACAUACAGUACGAGUAACCCAACGAGAAGGUGGUUCUCCACGUAAUAGUCUUGAGGUUUUAACCCCAGAGGUUCCUGGUGAGAGGGAUCGGGGAAACUGCAUUACAUCACUGCAGCUCCAUCCCAAAGGAUGGGCGACACUUCUUCGAUGUUCAAGUAACACUGAUGAUCAGGAGUGGACCUGUGUUUAUGAAUUCCAAGAAGGAGCACCAGUGCGGCCAGUUUCCCCUCGCUGUUCCCUCAGAUUGACUCAUUGCAUCGAAGAAGCCAAUGUAGGCCAGGGCUAUAUUAAAGAACUCUGUUUCAGCCCAGAUGGUCGAAUGAUCUCCUCCCCACAUGGCUAUGGAAUCCGUUUGUUGGGAUUUGACACCCAGUGCAGCGAACUGAUUGACUGCUUGCCCAAAGAAGCUGCCCCCUUGCAGGAGAUCCGCUCACUCUACUCGCAUGGCGAUGUGGUUCUGACUACCAAGUUCUCUCCAACACAUUGUCAGAUUGCCUCUGGGUGCCUUAGUGGUCGUGUUUCUUUAUAUCAGCCAAAGUUUUAGGCUCCCCUUGCCUUCAAAGGAACAUCUCUGUGUUUUUUAAUUACUUCAGUUUAGUUGGAGUGUUUGCUUUUUUAAACAAGUCUUGUAAAUUUGGACAAGUACAGAGUUAAUAUUGGACUUAAAACUGAUCCCAAGUCCAGUCCUUUAUGUGUUCUGUGACUGAAUUUGCACAUUAGAACUUUUGUGUACACUAUAUCUCUCCACUCCUGAUAAUUCCAUCCGUAUUUAGAGGUAGCUUGGUAGCACUUGUAAACCUUGUUUUUUCUCUGUGUCUCUUUGUGCAAGAUGUUGGAUGGGCUUGAAAGGAGGGAAAACAACCAGCUAAAACCUGUCUGCUGCUUUGUAUCAAAGGAGUGGAGAUUAGCUCACUUUGAUUCUUUGAUUUCUGGAUUUUGCUGUGUAUUUUUUCCUAAGUAAUAGAGCACUUUCUUGCACAUUAGACUAAGUAUAGCCAGCAUUUACAUUAUUAUUUUUGUGAACAACUAAAUAGACUGUUAUCGUUACUUUUUUGUAUUUUUCUGCUGUGGUUCAGUUUGUAGGCUGGUACUCUUUAAGAACUGUGCAGUGUUAUCACUCUGUGCUCCCACACACAAACCUCUCUCAUCUAGGCCCCUCCAUGACUUGCUGGAGAAAGUUUGUUGAACUGAAUAACAACAUUUUUUCUUUCACAAAUCUCUAUUAAAGGAACAUCUGUUAAGUUAUUGGACAUAGAUUGGAGAAUGGAGUAUGAGCCCAACCAUAUAUAUAUAUAUAUAUUUACAAUCCAGCAGGAAACUACGCCACAAACCUCAGUGAAGUAAGCAGCAGCUUGUAAGCAAACAAACUAUGGUGGAUCUUUAAGCUUCUGUUCAUUUAAAAGAAAGAGGCUGGUGCUGGGGAACAUCCUGAGGCUUUGGGUCCUUUCUCGUGAUGGGUUUCAUUGCAACAAAGGACUUUGAAAUUGAAUAAAAAAUUUUUUUCAAUAUCAGUUUUUAAAUGAAUGCUGCUCAGUGCUGCAGUUAUGUUUGCAACCUGAUUAAGGCUAGUUGGCUUUUGAUGUGCCUUGCAAGCCUCCACAGGUAAGCUAUAGCAUGUAAAAAACAAAUCCUUAGUGUGCACACCUUAGACCAUAUGUUGCAAGAUUUUGUGUGUGUGUGUGUGUAUAUAUAUAUAUAUAUAUAUAUAUAUAUAUAUAUAUAUAUAUAUAUGAUUAUCGCCAGCUAUAUAUGAAAAUCAAAAGAUUUUGCAAAACUAAAUAUUUUCUUCUGUUGCAAGAGUAACACAUUUUACUAGCAUAUUCGCAUGUGAGAACAUGUUAAAAUAACUUGGCAGUAAUAUCUCUGAAGAUGUUUUUUUUAAAAAAAAAAAUCAAAAGUCCUGUUGUUGCCCAGAAUUGCUUAUACUAGAAGAUUGUUGAAUUUCCAUUUCACAUGAGAGACAUAAAACAUUAAUUGUGUGUCAGUUUCCGCCGACAUGCAAGUAAGGUGACAAGUAAAGUAAUUGGUUCCCUGAAAUUCACAUGCAAAGUGUUCAGUUAAUUGAGAGCCAUUCGGAGACUUCAAAGUUUUUGCCAGACUCUCAUUCCUAUCUGUUUGAACCAUCUAAAACCCAUCUGCAUGACAUUUUUUCUGUCUGGUGUCCUAGAAAUUAACAUGAUUGCAUGCCUAAAUGAUCAUUUUUAAAAGAAAGUGAUGUUUCCAGUAGGAGGACAAGUUUUAUUUAGCAAUUAGCUGCUCUGCUAGUUGUUCUGAAAAUUAUGCCAAAUCAGAAUAUAUUUAUAAAGCGGCUCAGAAAAAUACCAAAUUUGGGAUAAUAUAUGUCUAUAAAUGCUGUUCUGAAAAAAAAAUGUGUUGGCUGAUUCUCAGAAUUAUUAGUGUAGCCACUUUAAUAAGAAACUUGUGGCAUGUGGGAUAGAAUGUAGCUGUUGAUCACCAUAUGCUCUGUAGAUGAUUUAAUAGAUUAACAUAAAUUACGAACAAGCCCAGAGCUACGCUGUCUGUAACAUAUCUAAAGUUAGACAUAGGAUGGAAUGGCAGACAAUACCUACCCUUUUUGUCCUUCUGGUGAUUCAAUCUUCAUUUAAUAUUGCUCAUCAUUAGAGUUGAAUUUCUAGCCAUCUAUUUUAAUGACUAGAAUGGUUUUCUUAAUCCGAAGCCUGCUUAGCCACAUGGUGUAUUUAAAUGGUGCUAUUGUGUAUGUGAGAAAAAGGUAAACAAAUAUAUUGUAGUUAUGACAUGAAUACAAUUUUCAUUUAAAAUUAAGUACAAAUUAAUUUUUGCUGGAUGAUCUGAAUGAGCUAGAUAAUCAGUUCUUGAAUUUUAAGACGAAACCAGAUCUAUAAUCAUUUUGCAGAUCAAAGCUCUGUAGUUUGAGUCAAAUCUUAUUUUUUAUUUUUAAUGUAUUUUUUCCUUAACAUUUUUUAGAAUAUGUGCAUUUUUGCUUAAAUUUUAUAUAUACCCCAAAGGCAUUAAGAAAAAAAAAAGCUGAGCCAGAAAACCAAAAAGAUAGAAAAUGCCUGAUUGUCAACUACUCUGCCUCUAAUUGGGUUGCAGAGAGAAGUACUGUAGUCCAUGACUUAUCAUAUAUAAUUACUUUGUAAAUAAAAAAAUAUGUGGCUAGAUCAAUUAUUGGAAUAGGAAAUGGAGAGCAGUUCCUUAAAACCUUGUUAAAAUUUCAAAUAAAUGGCAAGCAAAUAGGUAGACAGCAGAAUCAUACUUACUUUGAUCCACCUAAACAUUGAAUGUUGGGACACACUCUCCCUUCCCCCCAACCCCAAAAUCUCUUUUAGGGUACACAAUUAAACAUUAAUCUUUCUACAGCAUCUAAACACUCUGAUUCCUGUAUUCCUGCUUUUUUCUUUUGGAAGUUAAGCUGGGAUAGAGGGAGAAAUGUCUGUGUGCUUUUGUAUAUGUACUUGAUUCCCUAUCUUUUCUUUUUCCAUUAGAGAUCUUCCUGUACAGUUGCUUCAUUUUAACAUGAGUGUGUAUAAUAUUGGAUGUCCAGUCAGUAAUAAUCUUCCAAGACUACAUUUCGUGAGAACUGGCAUGUUACCCAGGCUAUGAAAACAUUAUUCUUAAAUUUUGUAACUAGUUAUAAUAUUUAGAGUAAAGAGAGUUAUUGUGCUUGGUUCAGCUUUUGAGUUAUAUCUGUCAGAAAUAAACCUAAGGCCUAAUGAACUUACAGAAUAAAAAUAAGAGAUUCUUGGUAUGCCAGAUUUUUUUAAAGCAGCAGAGUGAUGCAAAGAAAAAUUCCCUUAGUUCAGCUGCCAGAAUUUGAAUUCUGCUUAUCUUUUAUGCAGCAUAAGGUUGCAUAAAAGUGACUCCGGAGAUUAAAAAUAAAUAUUUUGGGGAUAAAAGUGUAGCUCCUGUGUUUCAGCAUGUUCCUAUAAAACCGUGACUCACCCAUGAUGAAAGGUUCUUUGACUAGUCAGGAAAGUUUGAGAAAGUGAACUUCUGUAUGUGCAUAUUGCACAUGCACAAGCAUAGUGCAACCUUUAAGUGCAUAAGUUUCAGGUUGCACUGUUGAAUUCUUACUUUAAAAAAAAAUCAAAUUAUUUGAUGAAGGAAAUUACUUCCUUUGAUGUCCUUAAUUGCUGUGAUUUGGAGCAGUAGAUGCAUACAUCUAAGACAGAUGAAUCUGAACUGAUCUAGGUUUAUAUUGUCUUGAUUUGUCAGCUUACAUUUACCUUUUUUGAGUAUAAGAUUCAUAGGAUAAGAAACAGGGUUUCUUUAGAGUUCAAAAAGAGCAAUGGUUUUCUGAAAUGGAGAGUGCCUUUUUGCUAAUGUCAAUCUUAGUACAGUUCUAUUGACUUUAAAUUACACUAAAAUACUUUUUAAAUUGGUGGUAAAUGUCAUCUCAAAAUUCAAUUAGUUGACUAUGAGGAUAUGAAUAUACUUCAAAAAAGAUGCUGUAUUUGGAAUGAAAUAAUGGCUGGCUAGAUGAUACUAACUUAAAGUACAAUCAUGGUAAUAGAGUCUUCACUAUUACUACCGGUAGCAAGAGUUGCUUGGCAAGUGGGGAACUAUAUAAUGGAAUGAAUGAAUGAAUCAUCGGUAUGAAUGAAUCAAUAUGUUAUGGUAUCAAAAAUUAUCUUUCAAGCUUUAUGUAAUUUUCUUCCAGAUAAUAUUUCAGUAAGCUGGAUUCUUAAAAGUAUUUUUGUUUAGUCAGUUUAUUUUGAUAAUGCAAAAGCUUCUGGCAUGGUAAUUUUUUACCUAUUUAUUCAUUAAACUUCUCAAAUAUUUUACAGUAUAACUAUAAACCCUGUCACACACCAACAUUGACCAAGUAGUAAGAGUCUGCAACAUGUGGAAAAGUAUGGAAAGGGAACAAAUACUUUGCAUGUAGUCUGAGAGAUUAAGUCUCUGGCAUCUCCCUGUGGUAAAUUGAGUGGCCAAUAAAUAAAGAGAAAUAAAGAAGAGAGAGAGAGAGAGAGAGAGAAGAGGGAGAAAGAAAGAAAAGAAAGACAUAGUCUGGCAUCAGAUUAUGAAUGGCUUCUGCCUUAAUGAGGCAGAAGGCAUGAAUUAGAUGUAAAAAAAAAACCUACCCUGAACUGGAUAGCUAAUGAACGGGCUUGAUACAAGGCUUUUUCAAUCAUUCCUAUGGCUUUUGCAAGCUAAGUACCAAAACGCUAAUUCCAGUCACUGAAAAGCAGCUCCCCCCCAACUCUAAUACCAUUUUCAAGCAUAUUUUUUGCAACCAUAAGAACUAGAACAUUUUCUUUAAAAACAAACAAACCCCAAGAUGUUGGGAUUUCCAGGAAGUAUUUUGCACUUUCCCCAGUCCCUAUAGAAUUCUAACAUGCAGCCAUGAAGGUGAUUUGGUGUUUGGAUUACUCCAAUCUAACUCUUCCUAAAGCUUUAAAAAUCUUGAGUAGAAAUGGAGAGAGUAAUUGAACGUGGCUUGUAUUUUUUAGUAGAGUUGAAUUUAUUGUAUUACAAUCAUCAGUGUAAAUUAUAUAUUGCAUUGCAUUUUUUAAAACAUCCUACCUCAUAUCAUGCUUUUCUUUAAAAUCAGCAUACAGUACAGCAGUUCCUUUUCAAAAUGCAGGAAGCCAGCAGUGCAAAGAGAUUAUUUUAGGCAACUGAGAAUGGCCCCUUGAAGCAAAGCAAGGCUGUUCAAUAUUCUACAUGUAAUACUACAACGCUGCUGUUUUGAGUCCGUCAGAUGUGUUGGAUUACAACCCCCAUAAUCCACAAUCUCUGAGUUUUGUCUGUUUUUUUGCACCGCUGCUUUAAUUACUGCUAGACAUAUUUAGUGCUUCAAACCCUUAAUAAAAUUAUAUACGAUGCAGAACUUACUCUUAGUUUCAGAAAUGUUCAGGGAUUCACUGAUCUUUCUGUCUCGUAGUUAUCCUUAACAUUUAGUGAUGUUAAAUUAGAUAGUAUGGCCACAUGGCUUUUUAAAAUGAAACAUUUUUGAGUGGGAAUGUUUCGAGCUUAGUUACUAUUUUGGCUUAAUGGAAAUUAAUAUUUGAUUUUAUAAAAUCCUAGUAACAAUCUCUGUUCCUUAAUAAGGGAAAAGUUGCCUGAUUAUAAAAAUGCAGCACUAAAAAUUAACAUUCUUAUGCAUGUCUUUUCAAAGAUCUCCAGUAAACAUUAGCUAUAACUAUAACUGAUUUAUACCAUUUUUUUCUCUUUACAUUUAUCAUUUAUUUCUAUAAACAUAUUUUACAUCCGUUUAUGAUUCUGAUCAGAAUAUGUACUAUGCCCAUAUAUACUUUAAAAUGAAGAGCUUAAUCCUAUUUUUGUCCCAUUGUAUAUUAAACUGUAGAAAGCAUGACAUAUCAGCCAAAGCAGAUACAUUGUAUUUAUUGAGUUUGAUACAUUGAUACAAAAACCUUAUGAGUUUAUCAAAACACUACUGAUAUGUACAAUUGUAAUUGUUGCAGAAUGUACACUCAGUGCAGUAAUAUACAUCAGAUUUGAGAAUGGAUAAAUCUGAGUACUGUAUGUAUAGGGGUAAAAAAGGUUUCUACCGAUAAAACAUUGCCACAUAGAUUGUGAAAAAGCUGGUCAUGUUUCAGUGACAUUGAAAUCAGACUAGAAUUUGUUGCACUGAUUUCAAAAGGAUGUAGGGCACAUAUUAAAAAUGCCACUUAUCCCAAGUUCAAAAUUCGCAUCGAAAACAAUCAGCCAUGGUUGGCAACAUAACCUGAAAGACAGCUAGCCCAACAACAUUGAUCUGAUAACAGUAAGAAAAUGUCAGAUCUUUGGGGAUCAAAGUGUUGAAGCUUUAUAAUGUCUCUAAGGAACAAGAGUAUGCAAAUUCUUGAACAUGCCCCAGAGUUAAUUUCUUAGCAUGCAAAUUCAUGUGAAAAGUAUUCCUUAAAAAUGAAACCAAGUGCUUUGACAUUGUAUACCAGCUAUAGAUGAUCAGAAUUGGAAGCCGUUACAUAUUUUGCAUGUUUUUCUCUCAAAUAUUUUUAUAGGCUGUCUCUGAACACCUGAAUACUUUCUUUUCCCCUUUUUUUGCAAUGAAUGUCAGGGAUCUGAUUGGUUUUAGCUCUAAAGCAUGGGGAAGGCUGAAAUUCUAAAUAAACAUAUUAUGGAAUAAACUGUUGGAUGCUACUGAACACAUUUCAUGGAUAGGAUUUAAUUGCAAAAGUUAGCAGAUAGAGAUUUAAUUAGUUCUGUAAAAAAUAUGAUUUUAGCAUUUUAAAGUUAGAAUCACAUUUCUAUUUAUAUGGAAAAUAGUUGCAUAAAAAUCUACCAGUUUCCAGCUUCAGUCUAAAAAGGGAUUGGGUAUGGCUUCCACAUAUGUAUGAAUUCUAUAUAAUGGUUUUUGGAAUUCCAUAUGUCCAUGUAUCAGACAGAGCUGAGCAACUGAUUCUAGUUUGGAAGGGUGAACUUUCCUUCCUUUUAAAGAUCAUUGUGGAAAACCUGAGUGAAAUUUAGAGAUCACUACAAUGGAGAAUUAAGAGUGAAAAAAUGAAAGUAAAUGAAUACAGUUGAAAUGUACAUUAAUCUAAAGCCAGUUCUUUAAAUAAUUUGCAUCCCAUUUGUUAAUAGCUUUGUUGUGUCAGCUUAUUUGUAAACAUAUUUCCAUCUUGUGCAAAAAUAUUUUUUUAAAUAUGGAAGUACAAAUUUGUGCAUGUAGAGUGCUUUGAAAUUAUUUCAUAAUAAAAGGUGUACAUUUUAAAUACAUCUACAAGAACGGUCUAGGAAAUGUAUUUACUCUUACACGGGUGAUGUAAAUGUUUGAACAAUUUCUCUUGCUUGCUUAAUAAACACUUCACAUUCAUACUC